AUGCACGGACCAGGCCUCCCGAUUCGUGGACAGUCUAGCGUCCCGAUCACUCUCACAACAUCAUUUUUGAAGUCCCGAAUCUUCAUCCACAAUCAGAACAUGUCACCCCUUUGGUGGAGAGGCGCGGCGAAAUCUACAGCUCUGCUGCAAGCGGCCUCUGCACUGCGGCUACGAGGGUCUUGGGCACCGGCGAGUCGUAGCUUGCGGCAACGUGCAGCCCAACCAAGACGCAUCGAAACACCUUUGUCAAGAGCGUUCAAUUCACAGCGAGCGCCUAUCUCGCGUUUUCCUUGUCUCGUCACCGCCGUGAAAGCCCAGCGACUUGCCAAUGCAUUGGUGCCUCAAAAUAUCUCAACUGCGACUAUUCUCCGCUCGGCCUUCCCCACCAAGUCUGUAAUCUUCAUACUCAUUGUGGGCGCCUUGUUGUACGUAGUCGCCGAGGUAAACGAUGACUGGUGGGAAGAUCAUAUCUAUGCCGGGACUCAAGGUGAAAUCUGGUCACCACUGCACUUUUACGACAACAAACAUGACCUCCAAGAUGCUUGUGUGCUAGAUUAUCCCGACUUGACCAUCCCAGGACGUGCUGAUUAUAUUCUUGCAAACUUCGACAGGAUGGCGGCGGGUUGGAUGAUCUCAGAGAGAAGAGCCAAGGAUGAAAAUAUGCUGGUCACCCAUGGAUGUAGAUAUGCGAGCAAUCAGCCUUGUGAGGAUUAUUUGGCGCUGGGUACGAGUCUAGGCCUGGGCGAGAUGCCUUGGAAUUACUGGAGUAUCAUGGACGGACAUGCAGGGCCUUACAUGGCGUCGGUGCUCCAGAGAGUGCUCAUCCCAAGGGUGUCACUGGCGCUGUCGGCUCUGCCAUAUACCAGCGGACCUUUGGAAGUCGAGAGCACAAUCAAAAAGGCCUUUUCCUACCUUGAUGGAGAGAUACUGGAGACUGGUUGGAUCGGAGCAAACUGGUGCCCAGCAGCAACUGAAGCUGGCACAUCUGCUACUGACCCCGUCGUUUCAGGAUCUUGUGCCCUUCUCGCUGCAUUCAACCCCAAGGCGAGCACGCUGCAUGUUGCUUGCACAGGAGAUUCCCGCGCCGUCCUUGGCCGCUGGGACGCCUCGUCAAACAGAUACAAAUGCAUCCCCCUUUCCGAAGAUCAAACGGGCUUCAACCCCAAAGAAGUCGCCCGUCUCGCAGAAUCCCACCCGGACGAACCCGACAUCAUCGACCCCAAGACCGGACGCCUCCUCGGUCUAGCCGUAACCCGCGCUUUUGGCGACCAUCGCUGGAAAUGGAGGGACAUGUUUGUCAAAGUGGUAGAAAAAAAGUUCUGGGGCCCCCCUCCACGUCCCGAAAGCCGGGCUCCACCACCCUACCUGACUGCCGAGCCCGAAGUCACAGACACCACCAUCGUACGCGUCAAUCCACAUGACGGCGACGCCAAAGCGAAAAGCGACUUCAUGAUCAUGGCCUCGGACGGACUCUGGGACCACAUCAGCUCCGAAGACGCCGUGGAAUGCGUCGAGCGCUGGCUCGAAGCCAAAGCCCGCGGCAACGGCUCCGUCUCCAAGGACCCCGAACUCCUCGCCAACCCGCCCUCCUUCUCCCUCGCCUUGAGACUCGAGCCCGGCGUGGAGAUCAAGGACGGCGAGCCCCACUGGAAGGCUACGCCCGAGUACUUUGCGAUUGAGGAUGACAAUGCGGCGGUUUGUCUGGCCCGCAAUGCCAUGGGUGGGACCAGGAGGAACUUGUUUCUCGGCUUGAUGUAUAUGUCGCCGCCGCGCAAGAGGCGUGCGGUGGAUGAUACGACGAUUAUGGUUGUUUUCUUCGAUGACUUUGGGGCAAGGGUGGGCAAGGAGGAUAAGGCGGAGAAGCAGAAGCAGGGUCAGGGCCACGACCAGGCUCCGGACAAGAAAUGGUGGUUUCCAAAGCCGACCAUCUGGUGGUUUCCAAAGCCGACUAUCUGGUGGGGGAAGAAGGAGUAA